GAAUUUGCGUUGGGCUUGGGCUGAGUCUGCCCGCACCUCCCGCUCAGGACCGGGCUGCGGGGCUGGGCUGGGCUUGUGCUGAGCCUGCGUUAAGCUUCAGCUGAUCCUGCGCUGGGUUUGGGCUGAGCCUGCCUGCGCCUCCCCUUAAAACCGGGCUGCAGAGCUGGGCUGAGCUUAGGCCGAGCUCGCCCGCGCCCCGGUGUCAGCCGGGGUCCCCUCAGUACCGGGCUGCAGAGCUGGGCUGAGCUUAGGCCGAGCCCGCCCGCGCCCCGGUGCCAGCCGGGGUCCCCUCAGUACCGGGCUGCAGAGCUGGGCUGGGUUUGGGCCGAAUCCGCCCGUGACCCGGUGUCAGCCGGGGUCCCCUCAGGAGCCGGCUGUGGGGCUGAGCUUAGGCCGAGCCCGCCCGCGCCCCGGUGUCCCCUCAGUACCGAGCUGCAGAGCUGGGCUGAGCUUAGGCCAGCCGAGCCCGCCCGCGCCCCGGUGUCCCCUCAGUACCGGGCUGCAGAGCUGAGCUGGGCUGAGCUUAGGCCGAGCCCGCCCGCGCCCCGGUGUCCCCUCAGUACCGGGCUGCAGAGUUGAGCUGGGCUGAGCUUAGGCCGAGCCCGCCCGCGCCCCGGUGUCCCCUCAGUACCGAGCUGCAGAGCUGGGCUGAGCUUAGGCCAGCCGAGCCCGCCCGCGCCCCGGUGCCAGCCGGGGUCCCCACAGGAGCCGGCUCCGCGCAGUGCGGCCAGGCCCCGGCGGCAGCAGCUGAUCGGGAAGCUGAUCCGCAGUGCGAAUGAAGGCUCGGCCCGCUGUUGCUAUGACGAUUGAUUUCAGACGUCGCAGUGGAGGAACUGGAGGGCCAAGAGCUCAAAGUAUGGAGACCUUUUAGCCAGCCAGUGAAUCCAGCUGCUGCUGCAUGUCUGGCAGCACCUCUGAAUGAUCACAUGACUCUUGAUAUGGAUGCAGUCCUGUCAGACUUUGUUCGGUCCACAGGGGCAGAACCAGGUCUGGCAAGAGACUUACUAGAAGGCAAGAACUGGGACCUGACAGCAGCUUUGAAUGACUAUGAGCAGCUGCGGCAGGUGCACACGGCCAACCUGCCCCAGGUGUUCAACGAGGGCAGGUUUUACAAGCAGCAGGAGCCAGAGCAGCCUCUCCAGGUGACCAAGGCUGAGAGGCCCUGCCUGCAGAGGCAGGAUGACAUUGCCCAAGAAAAGCGUCUUUCCAGGGGGAUUUCCCAUGCCAGCUCAGCCAUAGUGUCCCUUGCUCGCUCACAUGUAGCAAACGACUGCAGCAACGAGCAGUUCCCCUUGGAGAUGCCCAUCUACACAUUCCAGCUGCCCGACCUGAGCGUGUACAGCGAGGACUUCAGGAGCUUCAUCGAGCGGGACUUGAUCGAGCAGGCCACCAUGGUGGCAUUGGAGCAAGCAGGACGCCUCAAUUGGUGGUCCACAGUGUGCACGAGCUGCAAGCGCCUGCUGCCCCUGGCCACAACGGGUGAUGGAAACUGCCUCCUGCAUGCUGCCUCUCUAGGGAUGUGGGGAUUUCACGACCGGGACCUUGUGUUACGGAAAGCUCUCUAUACUAUGAUGAGAAGUGGAGCUGAAAGGGAAGCACUGAAGAGAAGAUGGAGAUGGCAACAGACUCAGCAGAAUAAGGAGUCAGGUUUGGUAUACACGGAAGAGGAGUGGGAGCGUGAGUGGAACGAGCUGCUCAAGCUGGCGUCGAGCGAGCCGCGCACGCACUUCAGCAAGAACGGGGGCACUGGUGGGGGAGUGGACAAUGCAGAAGAUCCAGUGUAUGAGAGCUUGGAAGAAUUCCAUGUUUUUGUCUUAGCCCAUAUCUUGAGAAGACCCAUUGUUGUAGUAGCAGACACGAUGUUACGAGACUCAGGGGGAGAAGCAUUUGCACCAAUACCGUUUGGAGGAAUUUAUUUGCCACUUGAAGUUCUGCCAAACAGAUGCCAUUGCUCACCUCUUGUGCUGGCCUAUGAUCAGGCCCAUUUCUCUGCUCUUGUCUCCAUGGAACAAAAAGACCAACAGAGAGAACAAGCGGUGAUCCCCCUGACUGACUCUGAACACAAGUUACUGCCUUUGCACUUUGCGGUCGAUCCUGGGAAAGACUGGGAGUGGGGAAAAGAUGACAAUGAUAACACCAGACUGGCCAAUUUGAUUCUGUCUCUUGAGGCAAAGCUUAAUCUUCUGCACAGCUACAUGAAUGUAACCUGGAUCCGCAUUCCAUCUGAGACACGGCAGGCCCCUUUGGCUCAACCAGAAUCCCCUACAGCUUCUGCUGGAGAAGACGUGCAGUCUUUGGCUGACUCAAUGGACUCAGACCGAGAUUCCAUCUGUAGUAAUUCCAAUGGCAAUAAUGGCAAAAACGGUAAAGAAAAAGAAAAGGAGAAACAAAGGAAAGAUAAAGACAAAACCAGGACAGAUUCAGUUGCCAAUAAAAUAGGAAGCCUCAGUAAAACCCUGGGAAUUAAACUGAAAAAGAACAUGGGUGGUCUUGGAGGUCUGGUGCACGGGAAGAUGAGCAGAGCCAAUUCAGGGAAUGGAAAAAAUGGUGACACGGUAGAGAAAGUCAAAGAGAAGAAGUCCAAGUCUCGCAAAGGGAGCAAAGAGGAAUCUGGACAGUCUGCGAGCACGUCUCCUUCUGAAAAGACCACUCCAUCUCCGACUGACAGAGCCAGCAGCUCCCCCACUGAAAAGGCGAACACUAAACCCUUCUCUGACAAGCAGUCUGACCCUUGGAAGUACAGCACAGACGUGAAACUCAGCCUAAAUAUUUUGAGAGCUGCCAUGCAGGGUGAACGAAAGUUUAUUUUUGCUGGUCUUCUUUUGACCAGUCACAGGCAUCAGUUCCACGAGGAGAUGAUCGGCUAUUACCUGACCAGUGCCCAGGAGCGCUUCAAUGCAGAACAGGAGCAGAAGAGAAGGGAAGCUGAGAAAAAGGCUGUGCUGAAUGGCUCCUCUAGUAGGAAACUGGAGCCAGAAGCAUUUUCAAAAGAAAAAUUAGAACCAUCUCCUCAGGAUAGGGCAUCACCUGUCUUGCCUCAAAGCCAUACAACUCAACUGGUUUUAAAAUUUAAAGACCGCACUAGUCCCACUCCCGGGUCCUUUUCUUCGCCCAGCAACGGUGCCAAGAGGAGCGGCCCCAUCCCAGUGUCUGCCCACUAUAGCCAUACCCCCCCCAUUCAACGGCAAAGCGUCAUCCAUCUGCAUGAUGUCAACCCCAAGCCGUCGAGCUUCCAGGACGACAGCUACAAGCCGGCGGUGGGCACGCUGAAGACGUGCGCCACGUACCCGCAGCAGAACCGGUCGCUGUCGUCGCAGAGCUACAGCCCCGCGCGCCUGCCCGGCCUGCGCACCGUCAACACGGUGGAGUCGCUGAGCUGCGCCCGGCCGGCCGAGCACAAGUCCCACACCUACAGCAACGGCUUCCACAGCGGGGACGGCACGGACUGCCUGGAGUUCGCUGACGAGGACGCUCCUCAGGGCUGGCUCGGCAGCGACAAGCACCAAGGCAGAAGCACAGUUUGCCCGGUAUAUUCCAUCCAGCAGAGCCGCUGUAAGAAGGAGAACUGCUCCUUUUAUGGUCGUCCUGAGACUGAAAAUUACUGUUCCUACUGCUACAAGGAGGAGUUAAAGCGCAGGGAGAGGGACAGCAAGGGACACAGGCAUUGAGGAUUCUUCCAUGACUACUUAGUUUUACCAUUUUCUUACUUACAAAGUAAACAGUGUUGGAUUGCAGUAAAAGGAAUCCUUAAAAAAAAAGAAUAAAGGAUUGAUGAGUAAAUAGUGUCUAGCUCUUCGAUUUUCCGGGGCAAUGAGGAAAUAAUAGGAAUAAUUUAUCAUAAAAAAAAUAUUAUUUUCCAUUUUGUCAGUGUCUUUUUUACAUGUACUGGUAAGCUGAAGGGUUGUUUACUCCUUUGUCACUGCUGUGUGUAUGUUUGGUCAAAAAUUUACUAAUGGUGCCUGAAUUUACACUGACAUCACUCAGGUAGUAGAAUGAUAGGGGAAAGUCAUACUAGUGAAGAUGCGGUGUUGUAGUAGGGUAGUAUCUGCCUUGCAGACAUUUGAAAUGAUGUAACUAUUAUUGAGAGUAUUUUUUCCUCAGUAAAAGUUAAAUUUUUCGUAGCCUUUUUUUUCAGGAGGGUAGUGAUUUUGCAUACUGCACAUUUUUAACAUGGCAGCAUAUUGCAUUGCUACUAACGUUGUAUAUUUCAGUCUGAAAUGGAAUGAUUCUGGAAAAAUGGGAGUGAAAGGUCUGAAUUCAUGAGGGCUGUAGCUCAUCCUGAUUUUAAGUUCUUACCAAUUAUUUCUAAAUUUUCAUUUAAAAAAAUAGAUUUGAGCCCCUUUUAUUUGCCUUGAGUUUUUAAACAGGUUUUAUAAGAAAAUUCAAUAUGACUUCACGUUGCCAAGCCCCCCCCCACAGUAUAGUUUUGCACACCUGAAUUUCAGAAGUAUUUUCGUUGAUGUUAAAAUGCAGAGAAAUAUUGCAAUAAAAUUCAAAUAUAAAAAAAAAAUAUAUUAACUAUGGACAAUUUGAUGGCCAGCUGGGAAAUUUAGGAUCACUUUAGACUCCAGCCACUUGCCAAAACCAGUGUAAAGCAUCAAUUUAUUCCCUUAGCUAGUGCACAAACCUAAUCAUUAUUUACUUAUUCCUUCUGAAUAUUAUUGAGUGAUAAUCAUUGCAAAUGUAACUACUUGAAGACUGUUGGCUCCACCUUUUCUCAAGUCUUCUAGAGUGAGUCAUCUCCCCCUCAGGAGGCUCCCAGAUGGCUGGAAGAUGCCUCCAGCAGGAAUGGCAGCUCCUCGCACAGAUUUGCACAAGUCUGAGAUCCAAAUAUUUACAUAAGUGUUUGCAAUACUUUUGAAAAUAAAACUUUGCUCACAGAAACGUUUCUGCAGAGCAGACACUGCAGAUACAGUUGAAGUAAAUGGAUGAGAUGAGGAAGUAUUCUGGGAUGCAGCACUGGGUUUGCACUCCUCUGCCAUCAGAAUGUAACAGGAGCUCUUUGGUGUUGUCUCCAUUGUAACCAAUGGCUCAUUUUAAGAGCUGAUUUUGCAUUAAGGGUGAAGUACUGCCUUCAGGGUGCUCAAUCUGCCACCUCAAGGUGUAGAACAGGAGUUCUGCCUUCCUUGUUAGGGAAUAACACACUUCUGGCCUACACAGGAAAGAUUCUUUGCCAAAGAGUCUUCAUUUCUGGUUAUUUUCCUGCUGCACCCUGAUUUUAAUCUUGACAAGGGUGGCACCAUUGCAUACAGUUAAUCCUAAUCAACCCUGAAGCCAACCCUAAAGUCCCUGUGAAACAAGAUGCACAAAUUCUGCUGCUGUGUCCUGGCUUUCAGAAAAAGCAUGUGAGCUAUUUCCAGUGACUCAAAUUGGUAGAACUGAGCAAAUACUUAAAAAUAACCAUAUUUUUAGGUUUUCUGCUGAAUGGGAGGUUUCAAAAUAAGUCCCUUGGUCACUUUUAUAGAAAGUCAGGGUCUUUGCCAUGUUAGCUGUUCCAUGAAUCCAGACCUGUACUUCAUAUUCCUUGUUGUAUACUGAGCAUACACUGAAUCUUACUGAACUUGCAUUCCUUCAUGAAAGGGAAAUGUUGGUAUUUGUUAAAACUCCAUGUGACUUCUAUCCUCAAGGUAAGCACCUUCCAAAUCCCGUGUCUCCUGUUGCAUCUGCUGUAAGCAGUGUCUUGUUUUGCUUUGCUGUUGUGAUUAUUGCAUUUAAGUUCUAAUUGUCAAAGAAAACUGGGAUUUCAAAUUCUGCUAAAACAAGCCAGACCAUGUUAAAUUAAGUACUUGAUUGUAUUUGCUGCUCAGACUGAGAAAAUUGGCAGGAUAAAACUUCAAGAAAAAUAGAAAUAUUUAAGAAUUCUUAGGGCAUUAGAGUAGCAGUAGUGUGUGAUACUCUGAGAAUCAUUUCUGUGUAAAGUUGUACAUAAGAAAUAUUACAUUAGCAGCAAACCACACCAGCCAUUGUAUUUAAGUGAGUUACAUCCUUUCUGAAUGAGGGAAAAAGUAUUACAUAUGUAAAAUAAGCAAUUACCAUGAGAUUUUGCUGUUUCUAUAGUAUGUUUUUAAGAUCCUCUCAUAAAAGAAAGAGAUUUACAACUGGUCAGCAUUUAGGUAAAUUACUCUGUUCAGAAUUACUGAAUGCAUUAGAUUACUUUGAAAAAUUAAUCAGUCUUGUCUGUAUAGGAUAUGAAACCUGAGUGUUCAUUAUCAUCCUCAGGACAUUCAGAUACUUCCAUAAAUAUUUACCUCUACAGGACUGCUCACUUUAAAAUAUCUGUUGUAUAAAAUGCUGAUAGAACCCUUUUUAGUUGUGCCCAUGUCCUUAGAAUUUUUUUGUUGGGAUAUCUUUGAUUAAUUUUCUAAUGGCUGUUUUCUUUUAGAAUUAUCUUCAGACAUUCUUUCUGUUUCUGAGCUAUUUGUGGCAGCUGUGCCAUGGCUGUCAUUAAAUAUGCAGAAACUGUGCCCCCUCCUGAAGAAGUGUUUUUCCAUUAAAAGAAGACUGCAGCUAUAGAAGAAAAAUUUCUACCUAUUUUUUA